AUGCCUCCCGCUCGGGGCACUCCGAAUAUCUUGGAAGGACCAGGAGAUUAUGAUGUAACUUCCAUCGUUCACUCGGAUACUUAUCCAGGAAUCGAUCCAAGAAAUGUAGACCUCAAAGGCACUGUCGUUUUCAUUACCGGGGGGUCUAAAGGCCUCGGCCGAGCCAUGGUGUUAUCGUUUGCCAAGGCAGGGGCAUCCUACAUCGCAGCUGGCGCACGAUCCGAUAUGUCGCAGCUGGCAAAAGAUGUUGCCGCUGCAGCAGCGUCAGCGAAGCGGCCCCAGCCCAAGUUUUUAGCCAUCAAGUUGGACGUGACCAGCGAGGACAGUGUCCAAGCUGCCGCAGAUUCCAUCAGGGCAGAGUUUGGUAGAUGCGAUGUCUUGGUCAACAACGCCGGCUUCCUCGGCAAGUCCACCUUGAUCGCCGAUUCAGACCCAGCCCACUGGUGGAGCAUCUUCGAUAUCAAUGUUCGCGGUCCGUAUCUUGUCUCCCGCGCAUUCAUCCCCCUCGUGCUUGAGAGCGAGAAGAAGACCAUCAUCAACGUGAGCAGCAUGGGUGCGCAUCUCACAACUCCGACUGGCAGCGCCUACCAGAUCUCCAAAUUAGCUCUGGUCCGUUUCUCUGAAUUUGUCGAUGCGGAAUAUGCUGGCCAGGGGCUCGUGACAAUAAGUAUCCAUCCUGGAAAUAGUCCCACCGAUAUCGUUGGAGAUUUCUCAAAGCUACCUGAAAUUCUCAAGCCCGGUGUGUAA